AUGCGGAUAGACGAGGGCUUCUGCCCCACGCUCCGCCCCACGCGUGCUGCCUUUGAGAAGCCGUUCUGCGACUAUGUGCGGGAGGUGUUUGCCAAGAACCCCGACCUGCCCUGCUUCAAGGUGAUCCCGCCCAAGGGCUGGGCGCCGCGCAAGGCGCCGCUGGACCUGGAGCGCAUCCGCAUCAACACCCCCAUCAAGCAGCACGUGUUUGGCAAGAGCGGCGCGUAUGUGUGCAUCCUGGAGGAGCAGCGGGGCAUGACGGCCGCCGACUUCAAGCGCCUGGCGGCGCGGAAGGAGCACCAGGCGCCCGCAAAGGGUGGGUGCCUGCUGCUGGUGCUGGGCCACCGCGACGACCACCUGAGCGAGCGCGCCUUCUGGUCUGGCGUGACCAACAGCCCGCCGCUGUACGGCGCCGACACGCCCAUCUCCCUGUUUGACAGCCGGGUGGCGUGGGGGUGGAACCUGCGCCACCUGGGCUGCAUGCUGCAGGACGGCGAGUACGAGGUGCCAGACAUACCGGGCGUCACGAGCCCCAUGACCUACUUUGGGAUGUGGAAGAGCUUCUUUGGGUGGCACAAGGAGGACAUCGACCUCUACUCCGUCAACUACCUCCACUUUGGGGCGCCAAAGGUCUGGUACUGCGUGAGCCCCAGGGACAACCCCAAGUUUGACGCCAUGGCCCAGGCACUGUACCCAGACCUGCACCGCGCCUGCCACGGCUUCAUGCGGCACAAGGACAUCCUGAUCAGCCCCCGCAUGCUGCGCUCCUACAACGUGCCCUACAUCCAGGCCAAGCAGGAGGCGGGGGAGUUCAUCGUGCUCAACGCGGCCGCAUACCACGCCGGCUUCAACCUGGGCUUCAACUGCGCAGGCGGGUGUGGGGCGCGGGGCUGCGCCGUGGAGCCUCAGGCCGUCAACUUUGCGAUGGAGGACUGGGUGGAGGCGGGCAAGGCGGCGGUGCCCUGCACCUGCUCCGCGCUGCCGCAGGGCGUGCAGCUGGACAUGGGUAUCUUCUGCCCGGAGCUGCGGGAGGAGAGCUCAGAUGAGGAGGAGGACAGCUCUGAUGAAGAGUCUGGCUCGGAGGAGGACGAGGCGGAGAGCGGCAGCGACGACGAGCGGCCCGCUGCCAAGCGGCGGCGCGGCGCGGCCGGCGCGGUCAAGCCGGUGCGCACGCCCAAGCUGCCAGAAGUGUGCAAGAUGGCGCGGGCGGACGAUGUGCCGCGGGAUGCCACGCACGCGCAGUGGGGCAAGGUAGCCGAGGAGCGCCCGCUAGCGAUUGUGGAGCGGGAUGAGCGCAGCCGGCAGCUGCGGUUCAGCCUAGUGCACCGGCUGGCCAAGGCAUCCAACAAGCCGGGAGCCAUGUGGGUUGGCCUGCUCAAGGAGGGGCCAGAUGGGCUGUUCAGGCCGCAGUCGAGCGCCAAGCUGCUGAAGCUGGGGAUGCACUUCCCGCGCGUGGUGCGCGUGCGUGCGGAGUGGGUGGUGCCCGAGGACAAGCGGCGAGGCGGCUGGGCUCUCAAGACCAAGCAGGCGGGCCUGGAUUGGACGUGGCAUGAACGCAUCCUCAUGUGA